AUGACGCAGCACACGAUUCAAGGACUGCCCGGCAGCGUCAUCGCAGUGUUCGAGGCGGGCAUCAAGAGCAUUCAAGAGCAGGAAGAGCCUUCCCGUACUUUGGGCCUCAAUGCGAUUUGCUUGGUGACCACUGGUCAUGCAUACCACGGUAUCGAGGCCGGUUAUUUCAUGAAAAAGUUGCAGGCCUUGUGUAGUGUGGACCCGGAAAAGACUGCCAAAAGCUAUUUCCUUGAUGAGAUCAUCCAUGCAAGUAGGGGAUUCCUCUCUGUCUACUGGCAUGCUAGGGAGGACGAGGAGAAAGUUCGUUCAUACCAUCAUGACUUCUUCUACUACGUGCUGGAGGACUAUAACGAAUCUUUGAGCGCGGUGAGGAGGAACCUAAAGAUUGAUUGA